AUGAUGGCCGGUGGUGGUGAAGCAGCAAUGGACCACAACGGAAUCUACUCAACGGCGAACCUCCAUAACCUGCAGCAAAGCCAAAUGGAGGCGGACAACUCGGACUCCCGCAAGCGGCCGCUGGAAACUCCGGCGGAGGAGGCCGGUUGUACCAAGCGCACAAACAUUGGAGAGGAGGGUGAAUACUUCCUGAAGGUGCUGAUUCCCAGCUAUGCAGCCGGCUCUAUAAUUGGCAAGGGCGGCCAAACUAUUGUUCAACUACAGAAAGAGACGGGUGCCACCAUUAAGCUGUCGAAAUCCAAAGAUUUCUACCCAGGAACAACAGAGCGUGUCUGUCUGAUACAGGGUACAGUUGAAGCCCUCAAUGGCGUCCACAACUUCAUCGCUGAGAAAGUCCGAGAGAUGCCCCAGAGUGCACAGAAGCCGGAACCAGUCAGCAUACUUCAACCACAGACCACAGUCAACCCUGACCGUAUCAAACAGGCCAAACUGAUUGUGCCCAACAGCACAGCUGGGCUGAUUAUUGGCAAGGGAGGAGCCACCGUCAAAGCGGUGAUGGAGCAGUCCGGGGCAUGGGUGCAGCUCUCGCAGAAGCCGGAGGGCAUCAACCUGCAGGAGCGAGUGGUAACAAUCAGCGGUGAGCCUGAACAGAACCGUAAGGCGGUGGAAAUCAUAGUACAGAAAAUCCAGGAGGACCCUCAGAGCAGCAGCUGCCUCAACAUCAGUUAUUCCAACGUCUCCGGCCCAGUUGCUAACUCCAACCCCACCGGAUCGCCCUAUGCUAACACGGCCGAGGUGUUGCCGAAUGCAGCUGCGGCAGCUGCUACUGCCUCCAGCCUUCUGGGCCAGGCCGGCUUGACAGGAAUGGGUGCCUUCCCCACUGCCAUGUCUAGCUUCUCCGGCAAUGACCUCCUGGCCAUCACAUCAGCCCUCAACACACUGGCCAGCUACGGCUACAAUACCAACACCCUGGGCCUGGGCCUUAACCCCGCAGCGGCCUCCGGUGUGCUCGCUGCAGUAGCAGCUAGCGCUAACCCGGCAGCCGCCGCUGCAGCUAACCUCCUAGCCUCCUACGCUAGCGAUGCUUCCAGCAGCGCUGGCCACCCUGCGACAGGGCUCGGUGGCUUCUCCCUGGGUUCUCUCGCAGCCGCUACAGGUGCUUCCAAUGGUUACCUAAACGCUUCAUCCCCACUGAUGGCCUCCUCCCUAUUAGCAACAGAGAAGCUAGCAGACGGAGCCAAGGACGUGGUGGAAAUCGCCGUACCUGAGAAUCUGGUCGGCGCAAUUUUGGGAAAAGGAGGAAAAACGCUGGUAGAGUACCAGGAGCUAACAGGGGCCCGCAUCCAGAUCUCCAAAAAGGGAGAGUUCAUUCCCGGUACUCGGAACCGUAAAGUCACCAUAACAGGGUCGCCAGCAGCUACACAAGCAGCGCAGUAUCUGAUCAGCCAGCGGAUCACUUAUGAGCAGGGCGUACGUGCUACCAACCCGCAAAAAGUGGGUUAA